AUGAGUAGCUCACCUGCCGAAUCUCCUGCCAAAUCUUCUAUCAAGAAAUCUGAUUCUGAUAUCCCUAUAGGAAUUGAAGAUGAUUGGGAAAGUCCUAAUGACAUCGGUCCAGUUGUCGCGCACGCUUUCGGUCUUGGCCCAGUACGACCAAUUUUAGAGGAUAAGUUGGGCAUGACACAGAUUAUUCAAUCUGGUGAUAAGUUUUUUAUGUGGGAUGAGAUGAAUAAUGACAUCUAUGAGUUUGCCUGUCAGGAUGUGGGUGAGAUCUAUCGUGCUCUUCAUCAUAGAGAACUGCAGAAGCUGGAUAAAUGGCUCUUGAAGGAGAUUACCCCCCUUAUCCAUUAG